GAUCAAACACUCUCACACUCUGGGCUCUCUGUCCUUCCUCAAGAGCCUGCGAUACAUUCAUGGAGAAGAGCUCACAGAGCAGUCGUAUGCAUUCUCUGCAGUCGACAACCAGAACUUGCAGUAUCUGUGGGACUGGAGUCAGCACAAUCUGACCAUUAGAGCUGGGAAAUUGUUCUUCCGCUUCAAUCCCAAGCUUUGCAUGUCUGAGAUCCAGAAAAUGUGGGAGAAGACCAGUGCUAAGGAAAAGAUGGAAGAGGACGAUGCUCGUAGCAAUGGAGAACGAGCAAGCUGUGAGAGUUAUAUUCUAAAGUUCAAAUCCAACCACACUCAGAGUACUCGGAUAAAGCUCACUUGGGAGCGAUAUCGACCGCCUGACUACAGAGACCUCAUCAGCUUCAUCGUGUAUUACAAGGAGGCACAAUUCCAGAACAUCACAGAAUUUGACGGACAAGAUGGAUGUGGCUCAAAUAGCUGGAACAUGGUGGAUGUAGACCUUCCUCAGGACAAAUCUACAGACCCAGGAGUAUUGUUGUCUUCUCUUAAACCCUGGACACAAUAUGCCAUCUUUGUGAAAGCCGUCACCCUGGUUGUAGAGGACAAGCACAUUCUGGGGGCUAAGAGUGAGGUGGUCUAUAUCCGCACCAAUGCAUCAGCGCCGUCAAUGCCCCUCGAUGCCCGCGCAUAUGCCAACUCCUCCUCAUCCCUGAUGGUGAAGUGGUCUCCUCCCAUCUCUCCCAAUGGAAACAAAACCUUGUACCUGCUCCGCUGGCAGCAGCAGACAGAAGACCAUGAACUCUACCAGCAUAACUACUGCUCUAAAGAGCUAAAAAUUCCCAUCCGCAUCUCAGCCACGGCUUUGUCGGACAUGGAAGGCGAAACAAAGCCCACCAAAUCAGAUGUUGGUGGGGGUGAGAAGGGCUGCUGCCCCUGCCCAAAAACCAAGGAGGACCUAAAGGCGGAAGCUGAAGACAGAUCUUAUCGAAAAGUCUUCGAGAACUUCCUGCACAACUCCAUCUUCACACCUAGACCUCCAGACAGGAAGCGGCGAGACCUGUUUGGAGUGGCCAAUGGCACACUGCUGCAAGGUGCAAGCAGGAACAUCACAGGAAUGGAGAGUAACAUCACUGACCCAAAGCUGCAUGAGAAAGAGUACCCUUUCUCCGAGGACAAAGUCUUUACAGAGUUCAUGGAGAUAUCCAACCUGCAGCCCUUCACCGUGUACCGCAUCGACAUCCACGCCUGUAACUACGAGAUCCACCGUUGCAGUGCCGCAGCUUUUGUAUUCUCUAGAACCAAACCAGCAGACAAAGCGGAUGAUAUUCCCGGCACUGUAACUCAGGAGAGGGAUGAGAAGGGAGAAGGAACAGUGCUGCUGCGGUGGCCUGAACCUCAUCACCCUAAUGGACUGAUCCUCAUGUAUGAGAUCAAAUAUCGUCUGGGAACUGAGCCCGAGAAGCAAGAGUGUGUAUCAUGGCAGCAGUACAGAGUGCUGCGAGGUGCUCAGCUAAGCAAUUUGCCCUCUGGAAAUUAUUCUGCCCGGGUCAGAGCCACAUCUCUGGCUGGGAACGGGUCGUGGACUGAACCAGUGUCCUUCUAUGUGCCACCUCCUAAAAGAAAUUAUGAUAAUGCCAUCUUACUGGCCAUCAUCAUUCCUAUUAUAGUGCUAGUCUUGCUCGCUGCAAUGAUCUCCGUUGUCAUCUUUGUCACCAAAAAGAGGAAUAGUGACAGGUUAGGAAAUGGUGUGCUAUAUGCUUCUGUAAACCCUGAAUACUUCAGUCCCUUUGAAAUGUAUGUACCAGAUGAAUGGGAAGUGGCUCGGGAGAAAAUCACCAUGUGUCGUGAGCUGGGUCAGGGCUCCUUUGGUAUGGUGUAUGAGGGCAUCGCAAAGGGCGUCGUCAAAGAUGAACCUGAGACCAGAGUGGCCAUCAAGACUGUAAAUGAAUCCGCCAGUAUGCGUGAACGCAUUGAGUUCUUGAACGAAGCUUCAGUUAUGAAGGAGUUCAACUGUCACCAUGUGGUGCGACUUUUGGGUGUGGUUUCACAAGGACAGCCCACUCUAGUUAUAAUGGAGCUGAUGACACGGGGAGAUCUGAAGAGCUACUUGCGUUCCCUCCGUUCCAAAGAGCAGGGCUCUAGCAGCCAGUCUUUGCCUCCGCUGAAGAAGAUGAUUCAGAUGGCCAGUGAGAUAGCAGACGGGAUGGCAUACCUCAAUGCCAACAAGUUUGUCCAUCGGGACCUGGCUGCCAGAAAUUGCAUGGUUGCUGAAGACUUCACAGUUAAAAUUGGAGACUUUGGCAUGACAAGGGACAUCUACGAGACUGAUUACUAUCGCAAAGGAGGCAAAGGGCUGCUGCCAGUGCGCUGGAUGUCCCCGGAGUCUUUGAAAGAUGGAGUGUUCACAACAAAUUCUGAUGUCUGGUCAUUCGGCGUGGUUUUAUGGGAGAUCGCCACUUUAGCAGAGCAGCCCUACCAGGGUAUGUCCAAUGAACAGGUACUGCGCUUCGUCAUGGAGGGAGGACUUCUGGAUAAACCGGACAACUGUCCCGACAUGCUGUUUGAACUGAUGCGGAUGUGCUGGCAGUACAACCCUAAGAUGCGACCGUCUUUUCUGGAGAUCAUCAACAGCAUAAAAGAGGAACUGGAGCCGCCCUUCCGGGAAGUUAGCUUUUUCUACAGUGAGGAGAACAAGCCACCCGACACUGAGGAACUGGACAUGGAGGUGCAGAACAUGGAGAACGUUCCACUGGAUCCUGCUUCCAUGUUGGCCCCCUCCUCUCAGGGGAGCACAGGUGCUCAGACCCAGAGUCCACAGCCACUCUCCCCAGCUCAGGGGCCAGGGACGCCAAUGGGGUCCGCCCCGACCCCCUCCACCUCACCACCUUCCUCCUCCUCCUCAGCCUCUCCAGGCCUGGUCUUAGACAAGCACUCAGGACAGGUAGCAGCAAACGGGCCAGUGUUGCUGCUGGGGCCAGCGUUUGAUGAGACACAGCCCUAUGCACACAUGAACGGAGGGAGGAAGAACGAGCGAGCGCUGCCACUGCCUCAGUCAUCGGCCUGCUGAUCAUGACUGCUCAGUCUCCCUCUACUCCUCACGCAGGGUACCCACAUUUCCCUCGCCCUUUUGUCUACAUGUGUUUUUUCUUUCGUUCUCGAGGAGUCAAAACCCAGGGCUGACUGUGGAGUCGAUAACCAGAUGGACUGUGUCCUUUCUGGAAAUCUGAGGAUCAUUUUGUUCAAAUGAUUUCGAAUGACAGAGGAUGUUUCGGGCGAUUGGUGACUACAAGCCUACAAAAAAAACUCAAUAUUUGCAAUAUUUAAGAUUUCAGAACAAACCACCACACUGGAGAGCCCUGGCUUUCAUUUGUGUGGGGAAAAAAACUGUUUUAAUGUUUUCUAAAGGAAGAAAACCUGCCAGAAACAAAAGAGGCACGCAUAUUAGCCAGCAAGCCCAGCCCGUGAACACUUCCCAGGUGUAUACGAGUGUUUUUUUUUUAGACAAAAAUACACAUUCCCCUCCUCAGAGCAAGUAUUUUUCUUCC